ACCGCGGCGGCGCUCUAGACGCGGCAUGUCUGCGUCUCUACUGCUCUGGGAGGAGGAAGAGAAGGAGGAAGAGGAGGAGGAGGAGGGGGAGGAAGAGGAGAAAGGCGCAGGGGUGGGAGCUGUUGCCGAAGCUGCCACAGCAAAAGUUCUCCCCCCUCCCCCCUUCCCCUCCUCUCAAGGGCCCUAGAAAGGUUGAAGCUGCCGCCGCCUGCAGUUGGUGACCGCGCGACUCGGCGCCCGCCCGCGGCUAGAGGGAGGAACCAACAGCUUGGAAAUUCGACCAAGUGAUCUGGCGGGAUGGGCAUUUUCCUGACCUAUUUUGUAGAGGUAAUCUAGCGCUGUUUUCUUCACUGUUACCUGUGAUUGAUGCCUAUAUACUUGAACAUGAACACGCCUGUCACAGCUGUUGGAGUUGGAUGGCAUAAGCAAUUGAGGUGGUACUGAGGGUUUCUCAAGUCUAUGAAAGGUAGAAACUCAACCAUGAUUUCUUUUUCAACUCUACAGCAUUCGCUUCCUUGAAGUCUUCGUUUUUACAUUAGUCUCAGGCAGUUAUACUUAAGCAUGAACAUUGACGACAAACUGGAAGGAUUAUUUCUUAAAUGUGGCGGCAUAGACGAAAUGCAGUCUUCCAGGGCAAUGGUUGUAAUGGGUGGAGUGUCUGGCCAGUCUACCGUGUCUGGGGAACUGCAGGAAUCGGUGCUUCAAGAUCGGAGUAUGCCUCACCAGGAGAUCCUUGGUGCAGAUGAAGUGUUACAAGAAAGUGAAAUGAGACAACAGGAUAUGAUAUCACAUGAUGAACUCAUGGUUCAUGAGGAGACAGUGAAAAAUGAUGAAGAGCAGAUGGAAACACAUGAAAGACUUCCUCAAGGACUACAGUAUGCACUUAAUGUCCCUAUAAGUGUAAAGCAGGAAAUUACUUUCACUGAUGUAUCUGAGCAACUGAUGAGAGACAAAAAACAAAUCAGAGAGCCAGUAGACUUACAGAAAAAGAAGAAACGGAAACAACGUUCUCCUGCAAAAAUCCUUACAAUAAAUGAGGAUGGAUCACUUGGUUUGAAAACCCCUAAAUCUCACGUUUGUGAGCACUGCAAUGCUGCCUUUAGAACGAACUAUCACUUACAGAGACAUGUCUUCAUUCAUACAGGUGAAAAACCAUUUCAAUGUAGUCAAUGUGACAUGCGUUUCAUACAGAAGUACCUGCUACAGAGACAUGAGAAGAUUCAUACUGGUGAAAAACCAUUUCGCUGUGAUGAAUGUGGUAUGAGAUUCAUUCAAAAAUAUCAUAUGGAAAGGCAUAAGAGAACUCAUAGUGGAGAAAAACCUUACCAGUGUGAAUACUGUUUACAGUAUUUUUCCAGAACAGAUCGCGUUUUGAAACAUAAACGUAUGUGCCAUGAAAAUCAUGAUAAAAAACUAAACAGAUGUGCCAUCAAAGGUGGCCUUCUGACAUCUGAGGAAGAUUCUGGCUUUUCUACAUCACCAAAAGAUAACUCACUGCCAAAAAAGAAAAGGCAGAAAACUGAGAAAAAAUCAUCUGGGAUGGACAAAGAGAGUUCUUUGGACAAAUCUGACCUGAAGAAAGACAAAAAUGAUUACUUGCCUCUUUACUCUUCAAGUACUAAAGUGAAAGAUGAGUAUAUGGUAGCAGAGUAUGCUGUGGAAAUGCCACAUUCCUCAGUUGGAGGAUCGCAUUUAGAAGAUGCAUCAGGAGAAAUACAUCCACCUAAGUUGGUUCUCAAAAAAAUUAAUAGUAAGAGAAGUCUGAAACAGCCAUUGGAGCAGAAUCAAACAAUUUCACCUUUAUCCACAUACGAAGAGAGCAAAGUUUCAAAAUAUGCUUUUGAACUUGUGGACAAACAAGCUUUACUGGACUCAGAAGGCAAUGCUGAUAUUGACCAGGUUGACAAUUUGCAAGAGGGGCCCAGUAAACCUGUGCACAGUAGCACUAACUAUGAUGAUGCCAUGCAGUUUUUGAAGAAGAAGCGGUAUCUUCAGGCAGCGAGUAACAAUAGUAGGGAGUAUGCGCUGAAUGUGGGCACUAUAGCUUCUCAGCCUUCUGUAACACAAGCAGCUGUGGCAAGUGUCAUUGAUGAGAGUACCACAGCAUCCAUAUUAGAUUCACAGGCACUGAAUGUGGAGAUAAAGAGUAAUCAUGACAAAAAUGUUAUUCCAGAUGAGGUACUACAGACUCUGUUGGAUCAUUAUUCCCAUAAAGCUAAUGGACAGCAUGAGAUAUCAUUCAGUGUUGCGGACACUGAGGUGACUUCUAGCAUAUCAAUAAAUUCAUCAGAAGUACCUGAGGUUACCCCGUCGGAGAAUGUUGGAUCAAGCUCCCAAGCAUCCUCAUCAGAUAAAGCCAACAUGUUGCAGGAAUACUCAAAGUUUCUGCAGCAGGCUUUGGACAGAACUAGCCAAAAUGAUGCCUAUUUGAAUAGCCCGAGCCUUAACUUUGUGACUGAUAACCAGACCCUUCCAAAUCAGCCAGCAUUCUCUUCCAUAGACAAGCAAGUCUAUGCAGCCAUGCCCAUCAAUAGCUUUCGAUCAGGAAUGAAUUCUCCACUAAGAACAACUCCGGAUAAGUCCCACUUUGGACUCAUAGUUGGUGAUUCACAGCACUCAUUUCCCUUUUCAGGUGAUGAGACAAACCAUGCUUCUGCCACAUCAACACAGGACUUUUUGGAUCAAGUGACUUCUCAGAAGAAAGCUGAGGCUCAGCCUGUCCACCAAGCUUACCAAAUGAGCUCUUUUGAACAACCCUUCCGUGCUCCAUAUCAUGGAUCCAGAGCUGGAAUAGCUACUCAGUUUAGCACUGCCAAUGGACAGGUGAACCUUCGGGGACCAGGGACAAGUGCUGAAUUUCCAGAAUUUCCCUUGGUGAAUGUAAAUGAUAAUAGAGCUGGGAUGACAUCCUCACCUGAUGCUACAACUGGCCAGACUUUUGGCUAAAAAAAAAAAUGUGUAAAUAAUACUGGCACUUUAGAACAGAUUAAUCAAGAGUGGGGUUACUCUGUGUAAAAUGGAGUGCUGUACAGAUUUAAGAGCAAUGCGUUAUAACAAGUUAAGCUGAUAUGAAUAGCAAGAUAAUCCAAUAACUGCGUUUUGUUUGGUUAGUCAGCAUUCUUUGAACUGCCUUACAUGUUGUCACCUUUACAGAAGCAAUGCAUUACUUGUUUUAGAUCAGAAACUUGCUAUUCCACCUACACCAAGUUUAAAAGGAAAAAAAAAAAAAAAGACUUUCGCACAAUUGUUUCCUAACUGAUAUCAUUGUACAUUCUUAGGAGAUUAGUAAUUGUGUGAAAUUUACUCAUACUGUUUCUAAGUUUUUCAGCAUAGUCAUGGCACUUCAGCAGGGAAUCUGAGUAUACUUUACAGACAGAGUGAACUUAAAAGUUUAAAUGUCAAGACAUUAUGGCUUAAAUAAAUUAGUGUGUCCUAUGAGGGGAAAAAAGAAACCACCUUUUAAAGAAUGAUAUGCCAUAUAACCUUGAUUUUCAUUUUGCAUUAUAUUGACUUUUUCUUUUUGAGAAAAGUAAUAAAAAUCUGAUAGUCUAAGACUCCACUAUUUAAAAGCCUAAUUACUUUAAAAAAUAUGCAUACUUUCAAAACUUUUACCAAAAUACAUAACUGUUGAAGCAUUCACUUCUAUAUGGAAGUAUGCAUAUUGGUGUCAGUUUCUUUGUACAGUUGUACCUAGAUAUUUUUUAUGAUUUUUUCAUGUGCAAGUAUCAAGGUUUUGAAGUUUUAGUAAGAAGAUCCUCUGUAGAUUACAUUCCCAAGAACAUAAUGCUUAUACAAAAUGUAUAUUCCACGUUUUAAAGCUUAAUUGUAUUUUACUUUACAUAUACACUUCAGUUAACAUAGAGCACUUAGAAUCUAUUUGGUAUUUUUGAUUUCUCAAAGUAAAAAAAAAUUUUAGAUUUUUAGGUUUGAUAUGGUUGUGUCAUAAUCAUCUCAUAAUUGAAAAUUUUAAUUUUUGGCAAUAAAAGGAAAUUGGGUAUCUUUGGAACUGUAAAAUCUGGUUUAAUCCUUCUCUUUCUAGAAUCUUGAUAGAUUGGAUAAUUAAACAGUAUCCAGAGAAACUAAAGAAAUGGGCAUUUUAAUUGCUUAUUUUAUCUUGAGUUACUUUUUAAUGAACACUGCUCAUUACAAUUUUACAAGCCAAAAGUGUUUACUAAUUCUAGUAACUACAGUUUCUUUUUCAGCUAGAUGAGUGAUCGGAAACCUUUUGUUGCAUUUCAAAAUCUAAAUAAACUACAGACUUUAUCCUUAUACCACGAAUGUUUUUUUUAAUAUUUUGUCUUCAUACAGCAUGGUACAAUAAAUAGUGCUUUUAUAUAUAUACAUAUUAUAUAUAUAUAUAUAUAUAUAUAUAUAUAUACUUUUCUAAAGAAUGAUGGUUUGAGUUACACAUUGGACAGUUCUAAUUUUUGGAAAAUAACAGUUAUACUAAUUUUAUUAUCCUCUUUAAUUUGUUCCAACUUUUUGGUUUUUUAUUUUAAAUUUCCACCAUCUUUGUCACAGUGCACACAUACUGAUAGAGCAUCAGUAAUCUAAAAUUAAUAACCCCUUGAAGAUGCAACUUUAUUAUUAAUUUCCAUUUUAGCUUUUAUAUUGGCCUUAUAGAUCUUCAGUCUUUGUUUCAGUAUAGAAUGUUCUACAUUUUAAAUUAUUUUUUCUUUUAUUUAAUGUUAUCCCAAGACUGUUCUCAUAAAGAAAGGGAACAAAGAAAUAUCUAACCUUAACAUCUUUUACAUUUAUUUUGAAUAUAUGGUAUUUUAUGAUAAGGAAUAUAAAUUAUGUUUAAUGUGGUUUCCUCUAUACUUUGGUUAUUAAACUUUGCUUGAAACUUUCCCAUUUGACAGCUUUCUUUGCUGCCAAAUUUUUCAAGAAUUUUAGACUUCUUUGAAGUAUAUAUUUAAGUUUUGCCAUUAUUGACUCUUAAGAAUGGUGUGUCUUGCGUUGCACAUCACAACCUCAAGAAGUCAUCAUUCAGGCGAGAUGUUAACAAUGAAACUGUGUUCUCUGUAGGAAUAGGCAUUUGUGCUUUUCUCAUACUACUUAUUGGGUGAUAGUAGGCAUUGAUGUCCUGAGUUGUUUUUGUUUUGAGCCUGAAUUUCUGUUCUGUUGAGAACUUGGUACAGAAUAAAGUGGGGUUUUUGGUUUGUGUUAACAUCACCAGCACAGUUUUUAGAAUGUGGCUCUACUGCUGAGCAGUAAGCCUUUGAAAGUGGCAGUCAAUGCAAGUAGAAAGAAGUUCAGGUGUUGCAUUUCUGUGUUCGCCUCAUUUCUUUACAUCUACAUAAUGGCAGACUUUUCUACCACAUUAGAAGCAUAUUUUGAGGUAAAUGAUACUUUGGCAUAAUUUACUGACUUACCACUUAAAGUAUAGUCAUUACUCUCUUUACUGUGAAAUUUUACAUGCCUACCAGAGUUACCGUGUAUUAAUAUUAUCAUCAUAUGAUAAACAUCUCAACAGUUGGGUUUCCCCAUUUUGCUUCAGAAAGUUACCUAAUUUCUAUCUGGGCAUUAAUAGAGAAAGCAAGUAGCCUUUUGUGCUGCUUUAAAUCAGAAUAUUGAGGAUAUCCUUUUGCAAUUUGGGUUUUGUUUUGUUUUUUCAUUUCUUUUGGUGAGCAAAUUGUUCUAUGAAAACAUGCUCUUACAUCCUUAAAACUUGGCGAAAUGUGAGCAAGGUGUGCUUUCUUAGGGCCCGUUCUCACAUUUGAAGAUUGGAAACACAUCACAUUAGAUGAAGUAAUAUCUCUUGAACAUCUUCUAAAAGCGUGUUUGUUUUUUAACUUACUGUACACAUAUUUCAUUUAGUUCAGAAUAUUUGAAGUGGCUCUUAAAUUUUUUGGAUCUGCUUGCAGAUUUUCUAGUUGAUACCGCAGAAAUCCAUCCUCUUAGCUCUGGCUGAGUGAGGACUGCCAGUGGUCGGGUAAUUUUCUCGUUCUGAGAGGCAAAAGAGGCCUUGUGCUCAGGGUAGGCUUUCAUUUCCACAGGCCAGAGAAGCUUGCAAAGUGCCAGCUAGGUUAGAUCUUUUGCCACUUCUUUCAUUUUAUUAAUUUGGGUUUUUAAAGGGCUGUUUAAAAAAAAAAAAAAAAAAGCCGGGAAACUUAAAAGUAGGCAUUACUGUAAAACUACAUUUCUUAGACUUAGAACAUUUUAAACUAGAACUCGUUUUUUCACAGUAUAUUUACUUGAAGCACUAUUAUAAUCGAUGAGAAACUUUUUGACUCUGCAAUUUAAUUUAAACUUUUUCCGUUUCAAAUUGCUUUAUUUCAGGGAAAUAAUUUUCCAGUUGUUUUUGCUAUGUUCUGCAAAUAAAAAACGGAUGUUUCCUCUUUCACUUAAACUUUAGUAGGAAACAAAACUACAGCAGACAAACAUUUCUUAUUGUGUUUGUUGCUUUCUUUAAUCCAAUGGAUAAAAAAGUAAAACCCUGUAAACAUUAUUUUAUUUUUUUAUGCAAUACCAUGCUGUAAAUAUGGUUCAUCAAAUAAGGAUGUACCUAUGAUUGAAUCUUUAAUUCUGCACAGUUAGAGUUUAUAUAUAAACGUGUCUUGACAAUCAAGGACUUUUAUGUGAGUCUUCCUUUAUGAUGUUUUAUUAAUGUUAUGCAUUCCAUUUGUUUUGAAGUGAGUACCAAUGUGCUAAUUUGUAUUGUCUGAAAGUAUGUAAUGUUUUUACAGCUUGUUUUUAAGAAUCUGUAAAUAUGUACAAACAAAUCACAGUACUGCUUUAUGUUAGAAGGCAUAUGAUGUUGUACUGUAUGUAAGCAAUAAUACAUAGCAGUGCUAACUUUACAAGUAGCAUCAGGAAAGUUCUAAAAACAUUUCAGAGUUAUUAUCUUUAUUUCAUUUAAUAAUGAUUAUCUUUAAUCAGUUUUUAUAAGCAAAUUCCAUUGUUCCUCCUUUUGGAACGUAACACUGUUUACACAGCAUAAUUGAAGUUGCAGGGGAGACAGGCUAAAUCUGACUUCAUCUGUACUCACUCUCACUAAGCAUUGAAUGGCCUUACCACUCUUCUGCACGAUGGAGGAAGACUGCAGAACUCAGUGCCCAUCACACUGAAGGAAGGGGGUGUGGGUUUUUUUUCCUGCUUCUGUACUGCUACCUAACUUUGUGGUUUGCUUUGGAUUUUAAUAUUUGUUUCUGUUUUAGAUUCAAGCCCAUAAGUUUUGAGGUGACUUCAGCUCCAUUGUGAAAUAGUUCUCUUCAUAUUUCAUAGCUACAUUUCAACAAUUCUAAACUUUCUACUUUGAUUUUUAGAUACUUGUUUUUCAACCUUGGUUUCUCAGCUGAUCAGAUGAAUUUAUUCAACUUAAUACAAAGAAAGACAAACCUAUUGUAGUUUGAAUUGAGUAGAUAUUAUACUGUACAGAACAGCUAACUAUUUGAACACACACACAUCACUGCUUUAGAAAUAAACUCGCCAAUUUAUAAAUGUAUAUGACCUACAUUUUAUAGGAAAAUGUUUUUAAAUGCUAGUCAUUUAUAUAAUGUGCUUUGAAGGAUUUGCUAGUCCACUUCUGUCACUUUUUAGUACACUGGUAUCUUUUAUAUGUAAUGUAUGCUUUUUAUUAUUGUAGCAAAGCAUUUCAGUAGAAAGAAUUUUGCAACAAUAUGGGGGAAAUUUUUCAUUGUUGGAUUUGAAUUAUACUGGAUUUUAUCUGUGUAGUCUUACUUGUCUUUAUUUUAAUGCUGUCUGGAAGGGAACUUGGUAUCCAAAUAAAGCAGGUAACCUCAUUUUACUUCAAGGGCAUACUGUGUAGUGCUGAAUUUAAUCUGGAAAUCUGAUGACUUUGAAAAGAAAAACAAGUUUAUAAAAAUUGUACAGAAGAAAUUAAAUGUGUAAUGGAAA